CCCGUCCCCGAGGGACGCCCGUCCCGGUUCUCGGCCUGAAAUUCCUCUUGCUAGUCUUCCAUUCUGUUAAAUGCUUCGCAAACCAGAGCAAAGGAAGAGACAUGAAGAGUUGAAUUUCACUGCCUUGUUUGGAACUGGGUGGAAAUCCUGGAGAUGGAUCUCUUAGGAGUCUGUCUUCCAAUUGGGUUAGAUGCACAGGCGCAAUGGAUCGCCCCAGCUACCUGGAAGAGGACUAUUCUAGCCUGGAUGGGCUGGACGAUGACGUGUUUCACUCUGAUGACUUUGGACUUGCAGGUCAGCCUGGUGAGAUGACUGCAACUGGCUUUUUCACACAGAACCAGUCCUACAGCUGCCUUCUGGGGAGGUUUCAACUAUUCCCCCUCACACACUGCUGUGGUCCCGGUAUCAGGCAUCCUGAGCAGCAGGACAAGGCAACUCAAACACUCAGCCCAUCCUCUUCCAGUCAGGAUGUUAUGUUGCCUUGUGGAGUCACUGAAGAGCCACGGAGACUCUUCUAUGGGAGUGCUGGUUACCGUUUACAUGUCCCUCCAGCUGGCUUUGUGUUGGAUCCGCACCUCCAAGAGGAACCUCAGGAAGGUCAGCGGGAAGCACGUGCUGAGGUGCAGAUUGCACGGAAGUUGCAGUGCAUUGCCGACCAGUUCCACCGGCUCCACAUACAGAGGCAUCAGCAGAACAGAAAUCAAGUGUGGUGGCAGCUUUUUCUCUUCCUACACAACUUGGCCUUAAACACGGAGGUGAACAGGAACCACACUGGGCAGAGGGAUAACGGGAAUUUACACAGCUGACCUAUUCUGGAGUUACCUAAAUCAG